AUGGCGGACGAGUGGGAUACUGAAGGCGGUUGGGGCGGUCCUAGUACUGCGGAAACCAACGGUUCCUCCGCCGGGCCUGCAAACGAUUUUCCGCGUUUUGAUGACCGCGAGCCACCCAGGACUCCUCGUUUCGAUAACUUCGAUGACGCGGCGCCUCGUGAUGGCAAGCCUGACGACAAGACCUGCCGCAAUUGUGGCGAAGAAGGUCAUUUUUCUCGCGAAUGUCCCCAGCCUCGUCGGGGAGGUGGCGCGUGCUUCAACUGCGGAGAGGAAGGUCACACCAAGGCCGAGUGCACCAAGCCUCGUGUCUUCAAGGGCACCUGUCGUAUCUGCAACCAAGAGGGGCAUCCCGCAGCGGAGUGUCCAGAGAAACCAGCAGACGUCUGCAAGAAUUGUAGAAAGGAAGGACACAAAACUCUGGACUGCAAGGAAAACCGCAAAUUCGAUCUGAACGAUAUCCCCGACAAGGUUCCUGAGGAGGCAUGGGCCGACCUCAAGAAGGCUGACAAGGAGCGGGAUCUUACGGACUUCCGUGAGGCCCUGAAGGUGUAUUCCAAGUCGGACCCAAUGAAGACAUUUGUCGACAUUGAAAAGCGUCUUAGAACGGAGAAGUCCAAUGUGUUCCUGAUUGCUCUCGAGAAAGAAGUUGGCGAUACCCUCAGCCUUAUCAACCUACAGGGAAAGCUCGAUUGCAAGUAUGUCGUCGGAUUCUACUUCAGCCCGAAACCGCAGCGUGCCAACCUCAAAGAACGCUGGCCAUCGAACCCUGAGGAGAACCUGGCCCGGCUCGAGGAUGCGGGCUUUCCGUACGAUCGUCAGGUUCCUAAAUGUGGCAAUUGCGGCGAAAUGGGCCACACUGCUCGAGGCUGCAAGGCUGAACGCAUGACCAUUGACCGCAUCGAGGUCAAGUGUGUCAACUGCAAUGCAGUCGGUCAUCGUGCCCGCGACUGCACCGAAGAACGUCGUGACAAAUUCGCGUGUCGCAAUUGCGGCUCUUCCGAGCAUAAAGCUGCCGAAUGUCCUGAGCCACGCAAGGCGGACGGAGUGGAGUGCCGGAAAUGCAAUGAAGUUGGUCAUUUCGCGAAGGACUGUCCUCAGGCUGGACCCAAGUUUUCAAAGGCCUGCCGCAACUGCGGGUCUGAGGAUCAUAUUGCACGUGAGUGCGAUCAACCGAAGAACCUUGAGAACGUGCAGUGCCGCAACUGCGAUGUAAUGGGCCAUUACAGUCGUGACUGUCCGCAGAAGAAGGACUGGUCCCGAGUGAAAUGCAACAACUGCGGCGAAAUGGGUCAUACCGUGAAACGUUGCCCGAAGCCUGUGGAAGACGACGGCGACAAGCCCGAAUUCGACUCCGGCGCAGGUCGAAGCGGCUGGGGCGCCGAGGACAGCGCGGUGGGUGACGAUACUCAGAAAAUGACGGACGGUUGGCAGUCGUCUGCUAACAAUGACUGGAAGUCGGCCAACAAUGGCGGUACUGAGGCAUCAGAGUGGUAG